AUUUUACUAUUGUAUUGUAAAAUGUCAAUGUCAAUCCUGAGUGUAAUUUUGCUAACAGAAAUUAAGCUUAAAAAAUGUUUAUAUGAAACAAUAAAUAAAGAAAAGUGCUUUUUUGUUGUUUUUUGUUAUCUAUAAUAAGUAAAUAUGUCAGAGUCUUCAAAGAGUUCAAAGUCCUCGUCAAAUUUGAACCCAUCGCCUACAUUACAGUGUAAAGAUCUUCAUGAAUAUCUAAAAAGUCGGUCUCCACAGUUCUUAGAAACGUUGUACAAUUAUCCAACGAUAUGUUUAGCUGUUUACCGAGAACUACCAGAACUGGCGAGGCAUUUUGUAAUCCGACUACUGUUUGUGGAACAGCCAGUACCACAGGCAGUCGUCGCAUCGUGGGUGACACAGACACAUGCUAAAGAGCAAAGCAAAGCAUGUGAAGCGUUAUCAGAACUGUCAGUAUGGCAAGAAGCUCCUAUACCUGGUGGUCUACCUGGAUGGUUACUCUCUCAGUCUUUUAAGAAGAACCUCAAAGUGGCUUUACUUGGAGGUGGUCGGCCAUGGAGCAUGUCAUCAUCACUGGAGCCGGAUGGCAAGGCACGCGACAUAUCUUUCUUAGACGCGUAUGCAUUGGAGCGGUGGGAGUGUGUGUUACACUACAUGGUGGGAUCAGCACAGACCGAGGGUAUCAGUGCGGACGCCGUGCGCAUCCUGCUGCACGCAGGGCUCAUGACCAGAGAUGCAGAGGAUGGUACAGCAGUGAUAACAAGGGCAGGAUUCCAGUUCCUUCUCCUCAGCACCGCUAAACAAGUGUGGCUGUUCCUACAACACUACCUACACACGGCAGAGAAGCGAAGCCUGAGCGCUGCCGAGUGCCUCGCCUUCCUUUACCAGCUUAGUUUCAGCACGCUCGGAAAGGAUUACAGUACAGAGGGUAUGAGCAACAACAUGCUGGUAUUCUUGCAACAUUUAAGAGAAUUUGGUCUCGUCUACCAGAGGAAGCGUAAGGCCGGACGCUUCUACCCAACCCGCCUUGCUCUAAACAUCACGUGUGUGAAGGACGGCCUAGCGCCUCUAGAGACCGCCUCGCCCGGCUACAUCAUCGUCGAGACAAACUACCGCGUGUACGCCUACACGCAGACCAGCCUGCAGGUGGCGCUGCUGGGCCUGUUCACCGAGCUCAUCUACAGGUUUCCAGAUGUGGUGGUGGGCGUGCUCACACGGGAGUCAGUCCGCGCGGCGCUGCGCGGCGGCAUCUCGGCGCAGCAGAUCAUUCGCUACCUCGAGCAGCACUCGCACCCGCAGAUGCUGAAGUCAGAGACGGGCGGCAUCCGCACGACAUCAGUACUACCUCCCACUGUUGUAGACCAGAUACAGCUAUGGGAGAGUGAGAGAAACCGGUUCACAUAUACCGAGGGCAUCGUUUACAAUCAGUUUCUGUCUCAGGCGGAGUACGCCGUGCUGCGCGAGUACGCGGCGCGCGCCGGCUUCCUCACGUGGAGCAGCGAGCGCGCGCGCACGCUGGUGCUCACGCGCGCCGCGCACGACGACGUCAAGCGCUUCUGGAAGCGCUACUCCAAGAACUAGCACUCCCAGAACUAGCCGGCCGCUGUGGCGACUGGGCUGGCCCGGGCUGCUGGUCGCCGUCUGGUGCUGCUCGUGUUAUAGGCUACGGUAACCGCCUACCGUCGGUUUGGUUGUUAACCUGUUUGCUGACCUAGUCGUAAAAUGAGACGAUACUAUUUGUUGCACUGCGCCCUGGAACCGUCUCUUGUAGUAUAUGUAGUACACAAAUGACAUUAAUCCAAUUGAAAAAUUAAAAUGUGCUUAAUUUGCAGUCUUCGACAAUAUAAUGACGUUGUACUGCAGUAGACCUAAGUUUAUUAAAAAAUUUUAAAUGGCAACACUAUCGUCACUAAAAUUGGGUUACCACGUGUCAGUACCCCUUGGAAGUUUUACAUUAAAAAAAAAACAGAAUUAUUUAGUAUUAGUACAAACUGUAACUCAAAAUUCAAAAUAACUAAUUCAAAUGAUUGAACUGAAUAUUACAGUUUGUGUAUUUAAAUACUACUGCGUAAGACUGUUAAUUAUACAUAGUUGUAAAUAAAUAGUUUUUUGUAUAA